AUUUUCAAAGCAAUGAGCGGUGAAUUCACUGGAUCAGGUCAUUGGUAUUCGUGUCCUAAUGGUCAUCCAUACACAAUUGGAGAAUGUGGAAUGGCCAUGCAGAGUAGCAGAUGUCCAGGUUGCGGAGCGUCCAUUGGAGGGGCAAAUCACUCAUUUAUUGCAGGAAAUCCAAUUCCUCGUGCCAGUGAAAUGAUUUCUAGU